AACACGAAGCCACUAAUCACUGGACUGACUUCAUCCUAUAAAAAGCAAGAGGUCUGUGUUGGCAGUCAGAUCUCCAGCUCCCUACACACUGCCAUGGGGCAUUUUAAGCUCUUAGCCCUGUUCAUCAUGUGCCUGCUGCUCCUGAGCCAGGUGGUUUCAUCUCCCUUGCCUCAACAGAGAUCAGUCCAGAGAAGACUAAGAAGGAUGACUCCCUUCUGGAGAGGUGUCUCCCUUAGGCCCAUAGGGGCAUCCUGUCGUGAUGACUCUGAGUGCAUCACAAGACUAUGCAGGAAAAGACGCUGUUUGCUCAAUGUGACCCAAGAAUAAUAUAUUUACCGAAGAUAAGAAAGCAGCUACAUCCAACAAUGCUCCGUUCUAUGGAAUAUUGGUUAUUAGCUGUAUAUCUUACUGAAAAUAUCCAUGAGGCUGUUUUACUAUUUAAUAUUUAAAGGUAGAUUCAUACCUUAACUUAGACCCCUUCCAUUCUUCGAGAAUGGGCAUGUGGAUAAAGACAUUUAAACUUUAGAAA